AUUGGAGCUAGUGAUCUUUCUGGACUUUACCAAAACCAUUUAGGGAAAAGAAGUUUUGAUUCUAUUGGAGCUAGUGAUCUUUCUGGACUUUACCAAAACCAUUUAGGGAAAAGAAGUUUUGAUUCCAUAGGAGGAAGUGAUCUAUCAGGACUUAACCAAAACCACUUAGGAAAAAGAAAUUUUGAUUCCAUGGGAGUUAGAGAUUUAUCGGGGUUAUUCAAAAACCAUUUAGGAAAUCAAAACUAUUUGGAUAGAAGAAGUUUUGAUUCGAUUGGCGAAAGUGGAUUAUCGGGAAUAAAUCAAAACUAUUUGGGCAAAAGAAGUUUCGAUUCUAUUGGCGAAAGUGGAUUAUCGGGGUUAAAUCAAAACUAUUUGGGCAAAAGAAGUUUUGAUUCUAUUGGUGAAAGUGGAUUAUCGGGGAUGAAUCAAAAUUAUUUGGGUAAAAGAAGUUUUGAUUCUAUUGGCGAAAGUGGAUUAUCGGGAAUGAAUCAAAACUAUUUGGGUAAAAGAAGUUUUGAUUCUAUUGGUGAAAGUGGAUUAUCGGGAAUAAAUCAAAACUAUUUGGGUAAAAGAAGUUUUGAUUCUAUUGGUGAAAGUGGAUUAUCGGGAAUAAAUCAAAACUAUUUGGGUAAAAGAAGUUUUGAUUCUAUUGGCGAAAGUGGAUUAUCGGGAAUAAAUCAAAACUAUUUGGGUAAAAGAAGUUUUGAUUCUAUUGGCGAAAGUGGAUUAUCGGGAAUGAAUCAAAACUAUUUGGGUAAAAGAAGUUUUGAUUCUAUUGGCGAAAGCGGAUUAUCGGGGAUGGAUCAAAAUUAUUUGGGGAAAAGAAGUUUUGAUUCUAUUGGCGAGAGUGGCUUGUCGGGAAUAUAUCAAAACUAUUUGGGCAAAAGAAGUUUUGAUUCUAUUGGCGAAAGUGGAUUAUCGGGCAUGAAUCAGAACUAUUUGGGUAAAAGAAGUUUUGAUUCUAUUGGCGAGAGUGGCUUGUCGGGAAUAUAUCAAAACUAUUUGGGCAAAAGAAGUUUUGAUUCUAUUGGCGAAAGUGGAUUAUCGGGCAUGAAUCAGAACUAUUUGGGUAAAAGAAGUUUUGAUUCUAUUGGUGAAAGUGGCUUAUCAGGAAUAAAUCAAAACUAUUUGGGUAAAAGAAGCUUUGAUUCUAUUGGUGAAAGUGGCUUAUCGGGAAUAAAUCAAAACUAUUUGGGUAAAAGAAGUUUUGAUUCUAUUGGCGAAAGUGGCUUAUCGGGGAUAAAUCAAAACUAUUUGGGUGGAAAACGCUUUGAUUCCGUUUGGAGAAAUAGAUUGACUGAUUUUGAUCAAAACUUUUUGGAAAAACGUAAAGUUCAAUUUUUAAGGAAGCGACAAUUCGACUCUAUUGCUGAGAGUGAACUAAGUGGAAUUUCACAAAAUUACCUCGGCAAUAAACGUGUUCCCUUUGACUGGAAAAAAUUAGAUGACUCAGAUGACAGGUACUACCGACCCCGACAGGCCUCACUCAGCAAGUAUCUACAUUCUAUCGAGAAAAGAAAUGCUCGGCCAUCUUCUAGAACACGCUUCAUUGACAAAAGAAAGUUUGAUCCUGAAUCACACAGUAGUCUAAAGGGAAAGCGGUCAGAACCCAUGACACCACAACGCGUUAAAAGACAUGUUGAUUCAAGCGCGUUAUACCACACCGAUCAAAUAGCAGUACAGGUUGGGCCACAGACUCGACAUAUGGAUCUUCAGCAACGAAGUCACCCUUUAUUCAAAAGAAGCUCAGAUUUUCCAGAAAUAACCAGUAAGACGACAAUGGGAUCCCACACCUCCAGCCAAGGGACUCUUAAAUCACAGUCAGAGACACAAGCGAACUAUUUCAGCCCGAGUGCCAACCAGCCGGUUCAUUUCAACUAUUGGGACUUCCCUAUCUCAGAGCAAGAUUUGCCCGACGAGAAGGAAUCAAUAUUAGAGGAUAGGUUCAAGCCAUCAGGGCUUGAUACGGCCUCCAGUGCUAAGUCGCUGGUAGCAGCCGACAACUUGGAUGGCUUAUGGCAAGAUGAGGGGAGUAGCAGAGAUGAAAAUGAAUAUGGUGGCGUAGGAUACAUCGAAGGUCAAAAUGUUGGGGAGGAAAACAUGCGGGAAAGCGAGUCGGAAGAGGGCACCGUGACAGACAAAAGUGGGGAAAGAACGGAGAGGGGCGUAGCCCAGGCAUCACAUAUCAGGACAGAAGAUUUACAUCACUAGCGUUUGCGACCUGGUUUAUGGUACUAAUUUUUUUGUUAAUUUUGGGUGAGGUUGGUGAUGGGGGAAAAGUAAAGGGGUGUGGGGUUCCGGUGUUCCCUUUAUUUUGUUCAGUUUCUUUCUACUAGUUUUAUCGGUGGUUCUAACUUAGAGAUCUGUUGAUGAUUACAUCCACACUAUAUGAAAGGAUUUUGGGACUUUAAUGGAAUCCAAGAGGCACGAUCAUAUCGAAUAGCGCAUGUAAUGUUAUGCUGUCUUGUAACGCUCACAGUGUGUUCGCCAGGACCAUGAUGCGCUUGUAUAACAAAAUAAGACGACUGAUUGAAUGUAGACUGACAGUUUGGAAUACUAACCCAACAAUUAGGCCAUCCCUGUUCACAAUGAUGGACUAUUCAAACAGUUGUUAUGUCAAAAGUGUUUUGAAAAAUUCUAGUUGGACGAGCUAUUUACCAGAAAAGUCACACCUGGAUAAAAAAUCAGGCCAGACGAAUGCAACGAGUAGUGGGACCAGAAGGUGAAGACAUCGCGUCAGAAUAAGGAGACUAAUCUCAAACAAAACACGGCAUCUUCUUAAAAAACUUCAAAUGUGCACUCUUGGUGAUUAAACAAGCAAAAUCCUCCGUGAAACACAAAAAUUGCCCACCACACUUUCAAGUCGGCUAAAAACAAUUUACUUUGUUUUCUCAGUAAAAUAUUAAUAGCGCAUGAACUCCUUGUGCAUGAACUCCUUGUUGAUACGGAAAAGUCGAAGUGGUUGAUAGCAG